CAGGCAACCAGUGACUUAGCUCCGCCCACACCGAGCCCGAAUUCCCUGGCACCCGGGGUCUUCUCAGGCCAGCGCGGGCCAGAGAAAAGUAAGAGCUCCCUGCGCGAGCUGCAGGUCACCGGGCUGUGGCGCCCUGGGUCUCUCGGCCACCUCCGCUGACGUCCACGGGUCGCGUGCCCAGGCGGGUAGGGACCGUUACGCCCUGCUCAGACGCCAGCCUUCCCCUUGGGAGCCGGGCCGCAGCCCUCGAGGCGUUCUUCCUGUCCGCCAAGGGGACGGGACCACUAAAGGGAAGCUGUCGGCGGGGCUGUCUCCGAAGACCCCCAAACGGACCCUAGAUUACCCCUUUAGGUGUGGAACCAGUGAAGAGAUUCCAUGGACCAAUCUCCUAAAGCACUUCCCAAGGAUAAGAAGGAGAAAGAGCCUGUGGAGAAAGAACCCAUGUAUAGGGAGAGGGGCAUGAACCCCACAUCUGUGUCCCGGGGCGUCAGGACCAGAGAGGUCCGAAUUACCAAGAUCCCAAACCACUUCCAGGCGAAGAAGACAGAGAAUAUCCUGAUCUUGGUGGCCUUCUCCAUUGGACUUGGAAGCGUGUGGCGUUUCCCAUACCUGUGCCACCAGAAUGGAGGAGGCAGCUUUCUGCUGAUGUACCUCAUCCUGCUGCUGCUGAUGGGGAUCCCCCUGUUGUACAUGGAGAUGAUCAUUGGACAGUGGCUUCGGAAGGACAACAUCCAGGCCUGGAAGCAGCUGGCCCCCUGGCUAGGCGGUUUGGGCUACUCCAGCACACUGGCUUGUGUGCUGGUGAGCCUGUAUAACAGCGCUCUGAUCUCCUGGAACGUCAUGUACCUGGGCCAGUCCUUUGGUUACCCUCCACCCUGGGAACAAUGCAAGAUGCAUUCCCGUGACCAUGGGAACAUCAGUAUGACUAAGAUCCAGUGCCUUCGGACAGUGCCCUACCAGUAUUUCUGGUAUCACACAACCCUUAAUGCCUCCAGCCAGGUGGAAGAAGGGAUUGAGAUGUUGGUCCUGAACAUCACCCUGUGCCUCUUUGCCACCUGGGUCUUCCUCUAUAUCAUCCUGAUUAUUAGGAUGAGGAUCUCAGUGCUUAUGCUGAUUUUCUCCAUAUUCUUCCCCUACGUCCUCCUCUGCUGCUUCCUCAUCCGCAGUCUCUUCCUGCGAGGAGCGAUGGCUAGCCUCAGGCGCCUGGUGACCAUAGAGCUCUCUGUCUUGUCAUCGCUGGACACGUGGCGUCAGGCUGGAGGCCAUGUGCUCUACUCCCUCGGCCUUGGCAUGGGCACCAUCAUCACUUUCUCUUCCUACCAGACUAGAGGUGACAACUACAUCAAGUUGGCCUUCUUUGUGGCCAUGGCCAACCUGGUGAUGUCGUUGCUGAGCACAGCCAUCAUCUUUCUGGUGCUGGGCUUCUGGACCACAACCAGCGGGCCCAGCUGUGUUGAGAAGAGUGUCAACAAGCUGGUCGAUCUGAUAAUCAAAGGUGUGCUGUCCCAGGCUGCCUGGCCUCCCCAAGGCAUCAUUCAUAAACCUCCAGUAGAAUACAUGGACUGGAUCAGUCAGCUCCCCAGUCAGCUCCAGGCAGAUGUGGUCCGUUUCUCCCCACCCUGCAGCAUCCUGGUACAGAAGGAAAAGUUCAUGGAGGGCCCUGGCCUGGCAUACGUGGCCUUCUCUCAAGUCAUCUCGCUGUUUCCUGGCUCCUCUUUCUGGGCCAUCAUCUUUUUCAUUGCCCUUGUCAUCAUGGGUCUGGCCACACUGACAACGCUCCUGGAGAGUAUUGUGCUUCCUCUGCAGAGAAACAUCCCAACCUUCGAGAAGUAUCCCAAGCUGAUACCAGUGACUGUCUGCUUGGGAGGACUUCUGGGCAGCCUUGUCCUCUCCAGUCGUUCCGGCAGCUACGUGGUGUUCCUGUUUGAUGACCACCUGGUCCCUAUGGUCCUCGUCGUUAUUGUGGUGCUCCAGAACCUUUCUCUGGCUUUUGUCUAUGGAAUCAGGAGGUUCAGGGCUGAGAUGUUCUACCAGCUGGGCCGCCUGGUGUGGGCACCCUUCACCUUCUUGUGGACUUACGUGACCCUGCCCGCUCUGCUGGUGCUGCUCGCCAUCUACUUCCUGAAUCUCUACCACAGGAAAUCCCUCUACUACAUUUCCUGGAAUGACAGUAUGAGCCAGGAAGUGAAGCAGCCUUACCAGAAGAUAGUCCUGGGCUGGAUCACCUUCCUCAGCGUCCUGGCUCUGCUGCCCAUCCCUGUGUAUCCGCUGCAGCACUGGUGGAACCAGGACAACCAGGUCGUCUGUGAAGUCUUUAAAAAGCCUUCAUCCUCCAAAAGGACAGAAAUGGGAUCCAACAAGGUCAGCCAGCUGCCUGCAUACGCGCUAAGAAGACUCACAGUCAGAGGCCAGGACAAAGGUGGCCAGGUUCCACUCCCAAGAAAGAACCCCACAGAUGACAUCCUCCUUCAACCCCUAAACCUGUUGACAAGAAGUGACACUAAAAUUUUCUCCAGUUUCAGCCUUCGAGGUGACUCCACUGUCCCUAACAAUCCUGAGGCACCAAAGCCCACUGUCCUCCCAGCAGGUGGCCAAAGCACUGGACAGAAAGAACUGGCAUAAGGCUUCUGAAGUGGCCAUGUUAUAUGUUUUUAGUCUCUGCUGAUGCACAUCAAGCCAGUCCCUGCCCCACAGACAGCAGAAGACAGGUGUGUGGAAACCCAGUGGGAACUUCCGUGAGAGCCUCACUGGGGUUGAGCUGACAUGCCAACUCAAAGCCGGUCUUCCAGCAGUUUAGAUGCUGUGCCCAGGGCCCCCUGACUCUCUGAGAUAUGGAUACAACUUUGGUGUGCCCAGGUCGGACAGAGUGCUCCCUCUAGCCCUGCCUAGCCCUUUUGCCUGUCAACUGUAUGGACAGUGAUCUCACGUGCUGCCAAGACAGCAUUUGUGGU